AUGUUCCAAUUGCCUACAAUAAAGUUUCCAUUCCUAAGAUCCUGGGGUGAGAAUCAUGUCAGCAUCGAUCUUCCAUCUGUUCCGAUCCACGAUGUCGAGCUAGCUCGGGAGAAGAGGGCGCGGACACUCAAGCACCUCAUCAAAGCCAACCACGCCAACCAUUCCGUCAUAUACCACGAGCUACGCUUCCACAACCACACACCUCACAUUCUAGGAUCCGCAUACAUCUUGGGUGCAACGCGCGAGCAUCUGAUAGAGAUCUACGAGAAAGAAGCCGAGGAGCUUGAACCAUGGCAUGAUUCGCCAGGCGAGAUCUCACAGGACGAUUGGAGGAAAUUUCUUGGCAAGAGAGAAUACCAGCGAGCUUUUGUGGAUUUCUUCGAAGAUCAACUUGUGUUGAGGAAAUACGACUGGAAAGCUCUCCUCAACGAAUAUCUAUUCGAGGGAGAGGAGCCACUGAUCAACGGGCUAAUAUCAGGACUCGGACAUCCUCUCAUACACCUUGGAUAUGCUUACGAGCUCGAUUCACGAACCGUUGCGAUUGAAGCAUUAGCGUUGGGUACAUGCUUCUACAGCUCUCUACAUAAAUAUAUAGACGAUCCAUCCUACACGAAACCGAGUCCCGUCCACUAUUCUUCGCUAUACGACAUACUGAAAAAGGUCAAGGAGGAUGCACGGUUCGAUGGUUUAUAUGACCAUCGUAGUGGCGAUAUUUCGAAAUUACUCGAGGAGAGAGAGGGCGUAUUUUUGGAGUACUGGAAUGCCUGGGAGCUUACCAACCCCACUGAGCAGUUUCGAUAUUCCCAAGAGGCUGCUGUUGCGAUUUUGAUCGGGACGGAGCCACCAGAGCAAACCAAGUUCGAUUUCUUCCUCUGUCACCUACUUACCUCCUCGCACGCCGUGCGCAUUCUGUUGCCUCUGAUACCGGCUAAACAUCACAUCAACCUUGUUCGUCAAUGGUGGCUAUUCACGCUUGCGGUAUACAUCGCCCAGACAAGACCUGAGAUCAAGCGGGACGUCAUCUCGAAUUACGACCUGGCAGGCAGAGACUGGAAGUUUGUGGUCGACAAAGCGCUCCAUUCGGGGCAUUCGUUGGAUGCGCAUUUUACUAAAGCAUUGCGGUCCAUGCAAGUUGCUUCGGAUACCUGGGGCGACGAGUCCCAAUACUAUCUCAAAGCUGCGGUGAAGUUUGCGAAUGAGUUUGGGGGCUGGGCAGGCUUCAGCGCCAGUGGUGUAGAGUACGAUUAUCCCGAGCAGAUACAAUAA